GCAUUAUUGGUUGAGCUCCAUGCUUCCUGCCAAGGACAAACCUUGCGUCCUGGACGUGCGCCUGGAGUCUGCCAGCAUAGCAGCACUUCUGUCAGCGGAUGCAUCAUCUUCGGCGGAGUUUGUCAUCACGGCUCCGCGUGAUAUGGAGGCUUCCAGGCUGGGGCUGCGCAUUGGCCCUUUCCCUCAGCUGUUGGUCCUGGUGGGAGCGGAGAACUACACCGAGAAUCUCCUUGAAAGGACCCGCUACAACUUCAGUGCUGCCAACCUGGUGGGGCUGGGCAGUCAGUUAACCAUCAUCAUACAGGUGCAGGCUCCGCCUGGCAGCGGUUUCCCAACGCUCGAAGUUCGCACAGUCUUCGUGGUCAGCUUUCAGCAGCCAACUGUGACCUCGAUUGAAACCAACAUGAUCAACAACACUGUCUCCCUUGUGCAAACCACACGGAUCGCGGUGUCGGGGACCAACCUGGCAAUUCCUAUUGAGUUCAUGGCUGAACCUGUUAGCGUCGAGAUUUUCGUUGCUGGCGUGCCAGCAAACUGCACCACCUCUGAUUGCCAAGAGCCCGCGCUGCAAGCUCUUCUGACCGCUGGAGCGGUAAGCCUCUGUUCCGAUCUGGUUGUUGUCUCAACAGGUACCUGUACAUGCAGCAUGGAGCCCACAGGCCAUGCGCAACUUGCCGUUUGCCUCAUCCUCCGAACCGGCUACUUUGCGGAACGGUACUGCGCAGCCUUCGGGCCACCGGGCUCCCUUCAGCCCGGCCAGCCGGCAGUUGGAGGCCUGUCGCAGCCAGUCCAGGACAUGUCGUCCUCGGAGCCCUUCAUCGUCAUUGUUGACGGCGACCUUCCCUGGGACAAUGUUUCGCAAGGUUACCUCCAGGUGUGGGCGACGCCGUUGACCGAAGUACCAACAGACGUCUCAAAUCCAGGCAGCGGCUACCAGCCGCUUUGCUCUCAGGCCAUCCGCACAGAGAACAACAGCAUCCAGUGCUUCCGCAAUCAGAACUUCAACGUCUCGCAACUUGGGUCUCAAUCGAACGUUUACGUACAGAGCGGGCCAGAUGCUACCUCGUCAAAUCUUGUCCAGGGUGCACUUCAAAUCAAUCAGCCUCGUAUCUUCGAGAUCACUCGCAGCCAUGAGUUUGAAGUGGGUGCGCUUGAAGUCACCAUCCGGGGAGAGCACUUUGGCACCGAAGCAAACGGCAACAUGGUGGUGCAACUCGAGACCUUCGGGUCAAACACACAGGCCGUGCCGGAUCUGUCUCUUGCCGAAGACCUCGGAGCGCCCACUCACUUCGUGAAAUGCCAGGUCAUCAGCCACCAGGACACGGAGGUGCACUGUCGCGUUGAGGAUCAAAGUCUUUUCGGCGCAGAGGUCUCGGGCGGAUGCCCGGCCGCAGUUUCAGAGCAAUACUACAACGAGACCGUUGAAGUCGACGAGGGGCGCCGGCUGCAGGAUGGAUUGAAGGAGGAUCCCUCGCUUUGGGAAUUCUCUGUGCUGUCCAGCUUUGAUGAAGUUGCCAUCGUCUGGUUGGCACUGAGCUUGUCACAGCUUCCUGUGGCCUUUUCGGUGUUUUAUGAGCUGCCCAGCUGUGGCGUGGGCCCAGCGUUGGCGUGCAACACAUGCGACAUCGGCUUUUACAUGGGCCUUUUUGGUGCAGGUGCGUGCACUGUUUGCCCGGAACAUGAGACGACCAAUAUCACCGGCGCCACGAGUAUCAGCUCGUGCGACUGUAUGCCUGGCUACUUCCGCACCAACAGUGGCGAGGGCGGGCCGAUCCUGCCGUACUCCUCGGUUGGGUACUGGACGCCAGACAGGCACAACGCUGGGGCGGCUUAUCUUCUGGCCUUGCUUCCCGUCACACGCGUGCCUUCAAGGAACAUGACUUUCUAUGGGACACAGCCACCGCGAGUAGCAGACAAGGGUGGAGAUGCGCUGGGCCCUGCCCUCGGUGAGUGCUACCUUUGCAGAAGCGUGGACGAAGCGCUGGCUUGGGGCUUCUUGACGGCCUUGAUCCGAUCGCUUCGAUCAAUGGACAUGGAUCACACCAAGAUCCAACAUCGAAUGCUCGAGUCGGAGAAGCACACAUCAUGGCUAGGUCGCCUUGCUGAGUCAGAUCACGGCGAGUUUCGCAUGGUCAUUGUCAUGGUGACGUCAUUGCAGACGCUGUGGACCGUCUCUUUGAUGCCGCUUCCCUACACACGAUUUACCAAAGACUGGCUUUGGACGAUGGGCAUCGUGGCCUGCGACAUGUCCAUCCUCCGGCCACAAUGUGCGUUCAGGCUCUCCUACUUGGCAAAGUGGCUUCUGCAGUGGGCGACGUUCUUCAUAGUUCUCGUGGUGCUGUGCGUGGCCAUGCUGGCAUAUUGCACAUGGCAUAAGAACCGCCUGAUGGACGUCGGCUACAUAAGCCCAAAGCGCGGCUUUCUUGGCGUGGUAUCUGUCACCAUGAUGCUGUUUCUCUUGGUUCACCUUCGUGAUGAUCUGGUCUUCGUGAGCUGCGUCCCAUGCGAGGAUGACAAAUUCUGUCUGGCCUUCCAGCCUGUCAUUGAAUGCGCCAUGACAAACUGGGAGUGGACCACCAUGAUGGCCCUGUCCAUCUUGGACCUGAUCUCAGUCAUCCUGCUCGCAGUGCCGGUGAUAGCCCUUUGCAUCUACGCAUCCUGGAAAUGGCAACACGGGAAAUUUCGGGGAUUAGCUGAUGAUUAUACUGCUCCCUGGUAUGUCUUUUUUUCGGAGUUCUGGGUGAAGCGACAUCGGGGCUACAUCCAAGAAGUCAGAGAGGCUGUGCCAGAGUUUCAGAAACUCUUCCUGAAUGACGACGUGGCUGCGGCCUCAUCCAAAGAAGUGUGGCACAGGGCCAUCGACCUGAUACUAGCACAGGAGGCUGAAAAGGCUGAUGCGUUGUUGCUGCGGGUCAUCUCGCACAUGUACACGCACAGCGAACGCUUCAAGAUGAUUGAUGAAGAUGAAGGUCCUGCCUGGGAAAUCAUCCGCUCAAUAAGGGACACUAUCCGUGACAGAGCCAAGCGCAGCAAGUCAUUCAACCUCUCGAAGGCAGUGAGCACUGACCGUCCUGACCGUCCCGUGCGACCUGAGACAGAGCCUGUUCUGGCACAAGUGGCGACGGACCGUCUGAACCCGAUGGAGGAGACCCCGCAGGUUCAACAAAUACUUCCAGAUGAGCCAGUUCCCGAGCCAGAUGAGCAGGUAAAGCUGAAGGUGUCAGAUGUUCACCAUGUGAAGCUUACGCUCGACAAUCUGCUCGACUAUGCGAGGUGGUCCGUGCCUGGUGCGCGAGCAAUCAAGAGAGUGCUGGCCUACAGCUGGACUUUCAUCCUUCUCAUUGCUCGAUUCGUGAUCACAAUCUACGCCAUGUUGAUGCGACGGGAUCAAUCAGAGGUGCCCGUGGUGUAUCUCCUCGUCUCGCUAACGUAUGUUAUUCUCGGCGCGAGUCUGCAGCCCUAUGUAUGGGCGUUCCUGAACGACUGGGAAGUCGCCGUCCACUCUUUGAUUUACGUGUUUCUAGUGUUCGUGAUAUCCGGCUGGUCCGAUAUCGCAAGUGACGUGCUCGUGGUGGUAGCCACGCUGUCAGCCAUCGUGCCCGUUAUUCUUCGCUUCAUGGUCGUCUUGUACGGUCAGGACAAGGAAGAUCCCGAUGAAGACCCAACCACCACGCAAGGCUCCGCCACCUACAACCUCGAGCGCUUGGGGUUGUCCGAAGGAAUGGUCUCGCAGACUUCCUCUGCUGCUGUUGGUCCCAGGUCAACCGGAAGAUCCAUCCAAAACGCCGGUCGUCACAGGGAGCAUGUCCGGAACUACAUUCAGCUCGUUGCCAGAUGUCAGAUUGAUGAUUGCUUUUGCCAACUAUAG